GGGAGCCCAUUACUUACGAGACACUUACUUAGUGACGAGAGACACUGGAGCUGUAUUUAGUACCCAGACCUCUUCAGUUUUGCAAGCAGCUGCUUUUUGUGCAGCCACCGCUUACAUAGGACGCAAAAUGUGGAAAAAACUUUUUAAGCCUGGCGGCAGCGACUCUGAAAAUACACUAACGACGCUAAUAAACGAGACAGGUGCUCCUAAAGAGCUUGCUGAGAAAGUUCUUCGCGAGUGUAAUGGAGAUCUAGCGCUCGCAAGACAAAAACUUCGGGGACAUAACUCUUCAAUGGCUGCCGCAAAAGACGAGAAAGUUCCAACUUCCUCUUCAUCAUACGCCGACGCUCCGCCACCUUAUUCCGAAGCUGUAGAAGGAGCUAUGGCUUCACCCAUGCCACUUCCACCUCCGUAUAUCACUCAAGAGAAAGACACUCUUUUAGGUGAAUUGAAAGCCGUGUUUCCCGAUCAUGCAGAUGAGAGAUGUUGUGCUUGUUUUGAUCCAAUUCGCCCUGACAAAAGCGAAGGAUUUAGUGGAGAGAUGAUUUGGCAAGGUUUAAAGGCUUAUCAUUCUGAGUGCUAUUUGAAAAGCAAGGGGCCAAAAUGUGAACAUUGUUGUUUUGCCCUGAUUGCAUUCCCUGAAAAAGGCCUGUCUGGAAGCUGGGGUGUUUAUAAUGGCUGCAAGUAUCAUGAGGAAUGCUACAUUCAAUAUGCAGGACCACGUUGUAGUGCUUGCUUUGAUGUCAUCCGUGUUGAUCCUGAAAAUGGCUUUUCAGGGAAGUGGAUUGAUGAUGGCAAUAAACAGUUUCAUGAAGAAUGCUACAAGAAGAAAAUGUUUGUUGAAAUGAGGGCCAAACAUUCCUAGCUGGCUCAUGUACCUUGUUAUGUACAAAGAAACUUAUUCACUGUACACAAGAUGUUCCUGGACUUUCUCCACAGUGUUCGUGUGAGAAGGGUUUUAAAGUUAUCCUGCAAUUUUACCAAAGAAAAUUCUCAUUUUGGAAAACUGGUUGUGGUGUUUGCACAAUUUUUGUGCUGAAUCAGGCCUAUUAUGAGUAAAGUCAAAUGUUAAAGCCGCUACAAUGAGUUUCAUUGUCCAAGUCUUUGAGAGAUAUUUAGUGGAAAAUAUAAACAGGAUGUGGUGUACAUAAGUUGUAAGCAUUAUCUAAGUUAUAUGAAGAUAACUCUUAAUUUGUUUUUGGUGAUAAUAAUGUUAAUGUAUUUCUGAGGAAUCAAAUGUCUGCUUCAGUUUAUAAUUACAAGGAAUUUUGAUCCUGAAUCCCAAUGCCUUGUCGAUUGAAAGAAUGUUAUCAAUGGUAAUUGGUAUGGACAGUAGACAAGUACUAAAGGCUGAAAUCGAUUGUUCUAAAUUGGAUACUAUAACUUGGGAACCAUGAUUUCCUUGCUUUAUUAUUAUUCAGCACCAACAAUUCAAUAUACUUUCAUUAUGAAAUCACUAUCACAUACGUUUCCAAGAAAAGUGUAAUUUUUUUAAAAAUGUUUUGGCAGGAGACAGUUAAAGUGCUUCGCAGGGACACACCCCUCUAUAUAGGCAACCAGAAAUAAGUCAUGUGGUUUGCUCUUGGCCAAUAAAAAGGGAGGAAAAAGAGCAUCAAAUGGUAAUAGUUUUAAAUAUAGAUGUAUAAGGAAUCCAUGUAGGUUGCUCUUUUGAGUAUAACUUGCAUGUCACCAAUAGAAAUAUUUAGAAACAGAUACAAAAAUGUAUCUGUAUAAGACACUGGUAAAUAGGACAAGUUACAACUGUGGUGUUAAAUUUUGGAAGUGUGAGGUUGUAAUUUAGCUUCAUGAAAUAAAGAGAAUCAAAACAUUC